UGACCAUCAUACUCUUUUAUAGUUGUUUUGUUGUCUUGUUUCAUCCCCUUGGGAUAUACACUCACUUGGUACAUUAAAGUGUCCUGGCUAGUUUACUUGUGUUGCGAGAAAACUAAGUGUACAUUCGGCUGCAAGGCACAACCAGAUUCUUUUAUAUACCUUGAGAAAUACGGAGAGUAAAAAGAUAAACUUAAGAACCGGAUAGAGAAUGAGAUCGUUGGAAUUCAUCAUAUUUGUCAAUAAUGCAAAUUUUUGCCAUCGAAUUUAUGAUAAUAAAUCGAAACGAGAAAUUGAUAAUAAUUUUUUCGAAUCAUCUAUUUACAAAACUCGCAUAAUAACAACUGACAAUAAUGAUACUGUUGAUAAUUUGAUUAAUGAUUAUUUCGAUAGCAAUAACAAUUCUCUUUUAACUUUCAAAAAUUUAUCAUUAAUUGAUCAAUUCAAUAUUUUAGAUAAUAUUCACAAAGAUAUUAUUAUUGAUAUUUACUUUAAUUCACUAUUCAAAUUAUUAAAAUUAUCUAAACACCAAAAAUCACUAAUCCGUAAUGAAUUGUUAAUCAAUCUAAAACCAGGGGAUAUAAUAAACGUCAAUGACUUACUCGAGCAUAAUAAAUCACAUAUAAAUGUUGAUAGCCCAUUAGUUGAUAUAAAAAAUUACUCAUUAAUUCCGAUGGUUUCUUAUAUUUAUACUGAUUGUUUAGAAAAUGAAAAAAUUGACGAAUCUAAAAAUAAGAAAUUUAAUAAAUUUUUAUAUGAUCAUGUAGAUAUAUUUGAUAAAAUAGUACAGCAAAAAUAUUAUGGAGUUGAUCGUAAAUAUUUGAAUAAUAAUUACAAGUGUUUAAAAAUAACACUCUGUAAUGUAUUUAAUGUACUUGAAUUAAAAAAUCCGGUAGUUAGUGUAAAUGAAGACAAGAGUUAUCGUAAAAAUUACAUAUUUAAUAAUAAUAAUAAUGAUAUUAUACGAUACAAGAAUAGUAAUGCAACCCAUUAUAUUACUAAAGCAGAAAAAGGCAAUUGCUUGUUUCAGGCAUUUAUGUAUCCUGUUGCUAGCAAUGUAGAUGCAAAAAUGAAUCAUGAAAAUAUAGAAUCGUUGUUAAACUUUGUACGAAUGGGUAAAAUAAUAUCUGCGAGUAAUAACCGUUCAUUAGAAAACUGGAUGGAAAAUUUCAUACAUAAUCAUCCUUUGACUCUUGAUUCUUCUUUAGGACUCAUUAAUUUUAUUGAGAAUAAAAUAGAUUUAUUUUCUGUUUGGAAUAAACUUUAUAACAAUCAAGCAUUGAUUUAUCUUCGAUUACGUCCCUUGAAUUGAGAUAUUUAUAUUGACAUGUAAAGAAUGAUACAUUGUCAUUAUCAUUUUUUAUUUCAUAUUGAUAUAAUUAAAUAUGUAAUAGUUCUACUGAUAUCCAAUAAAAAUUUUUGA